AUGGCAUCCGUAGCCGGUCCAGUUCCCUCGCGAACGUCGCAGCCCACGCAUAAUAAGCAGGCUACAACCUCACGCUCGAACCCGACCGGUCAGGACCCAUUCCACGGCCAUGAACGGAUGGCACGUCUGGCCGCCCGCUUCGUCUCGCAUUUGUUCGCCUGCCCCGACCAGCCGGCCCCAGCUGCCGGACAGCAAGCACCCGCGCGCUUGGACCACUUCAUCGCCUACGCCCUCCAUCGGACGUGCUUACCCGAAAGCGUCACGUAUGCGUCGCUCUUCCUGCUACAGCGCCUCAAGGCGCGCUUCUCCGCCGCCAAGGGUUCAUCAGGGCACCGCCUUUUCAUUUCCGCUUUCAUGUUGGCCAGCAAGAUUAUCUGCGACGACACGUACUCCAAUAAGUCCUGGUGCAUCGUCGCCCAGGGGCAUGUUGAGACGUGCUCCUACCUACAGUGGCAACUCAACGUGGACAAGGACGUCUUGGCCGACUUCACCGCCCGCGUCGCCAGCGAUUUCUCAUACCCCGGGCCGUAUCCCGCGCUCGUCAUCCAGUCCCCGACGGUAGCAACCUCGCCUCUCGGCCAGGGCGGCCUUCACUCGCUUUACAUCUUGUCUGGACCUCCUAGUCUUUCACUUGUACCCACUCGUGUCUACUGUCUAUUGGACUAUGCAUUACUUGUGGGGGUGGUUUCCCGAUGCGAACCGACCGAGCUUUCCCCCGAUGUGCUCAUGAGGACACCUACACCCAAUGUAGAGGUCGUCGACGAGCUCGUUCAUAUGCUGCCAGCAAUGGCCCGUGCUGGUUACAAGUCAGUUCAGCCUGUUCACCUCAAUACAACUGUCUCUCGGCACUUUCCAAUGUGGUUACCCCUGUACUGGAAGGCCAUCGCAGAGAUGCAACCCGCAUGUACGGCAUGGGCACGAACAAUCCGCAAACUGGAGAGUGCACGCAAAGUCUGGGCGAAGGACCCGACUCGGUUACAGCUCUAUGACGUCGCCGAGGACACAUUCAAUCUCCUGGAUACGGUCCGAUGGUCGGACAGACUCUGUGGCUUCAGUGACGAUACCCACCCACUGCACGUCGUUAGCGCCUUCGGCGAGCCGACACGUUGGCUGUCGACAUCACAAGAGAACCUCCUGCUCGACCUCCUACGUGAUGAUGUCCUGGCAAGUGACAAACGAGGGGAAAUUGAAGUCGAAAACAUGGACUUCUUGACGAAGCUCACCACGGCGUACAAGACGGCGGACAUCAUACCAUACGGCUCAUCUCGCUAUGUCCAACGCCAACGCGGCCUGGGCGAAUCUCUCUCUUCUGGUGCCCGAAAGGCCGUCUGCAUGCUCGCAAACGUCGGAGGAAACCAUUGGGUUGGAGUGGUGGUUGAUUUCGCAUCGAAGAAGAUCCUGUACGGCGACUCGAUGAAUCACGACAUGCCCGAGCUGCUCCAGAACGCGUUGGUCUGGUGGACAGCACAGCAUUCUGACACGUCGUUCGAGAUUGCUGCACUGGAGACUGUCCGACAGCGAGACGGGCAUAGCUGCGGAUUGCUCGCCUUUAACGCUGUCGGACACUGGUGUCUUCCCUCGUCUCCGCGCUAUCAGCUCAUGGACGCACAGAACAUGUACAAAGCACGACUUCAAGUCCUCGGGCAAAUCCUCAAUCGGCAUGCAACAAAUGCCUUCGACUACGACAUGACGGAGAGCAGCGAGCUUGCACCGGGCUUUGAAUUUACUUUUACGUGCUCUGUUCCCAUUCACCCUCCCGACGAGAUCCCAUCUUCACCCAUCCCUACUUCUCCUACACUUCCUCCAGUUGUCACAGUCGAUGGCGAGACAGAUCUUGAUGUAGACGGAUGGGAUGAUGACGAAGUUGAUGAGUUAGAUGAUGAUGACGAGGGUGGAACCCAGGAGGCCGAAGGAAUGUGUGUUGACGAUGAUGGCUACCUGUCAGAGCUCAGCAACGAGAGCAUGCCCGAUGCUGGAUCUGGUCAAGGAAUAGACAUUGAGCCCUCACGGUUUGUGCAGAAUUUAUACGAGAUCGAGAAAAACUGUGCUUACAUCAUGACUAGCAUCCCUUCGCCCGACGUGCAGCACCCCGAACCUGCAGCUCAGCCUUCCCCUUCGGCACCCCCGCAGAUUCCAUUUCGACUUCCAGCCUCUGCAAAAGCGCCGAAAAAAUCCAACGGGACAGCGAAAGGCCUCUUCGCAUUUGGCUUCCACCCCGCGACAGCAGAAGAGAUCGCAGAUCAACGAGCACGCAUUGAUGAACGAGUCCGUGAGGAUCGAGCAGCUCUAGCAGCGCGAGCCGCUGCUAUUACAGAGGAGAAGAGAGAUCGGGAGCGCAGGGCCACCCGCGAGCGAGUGAGGAGGUGUCGUGAGCGUAAGAAGCAAGGAGAGAUCGCGGAGGGAAAACGCGAUGCGACGACGGGCAAGAAGCGCAAACCCCACGAGGCCUCUAUGACAGUUGAUGAUCUUCGCGAUGAGACACGGCCCGCAAAGCGCAUGAAGGCAGAUGUCGCAGAGCUUUCUCGGCCGGAACGUCGCACUUGUCAACGCUUGAAAGACAAAAGAAGAUCAAAUGCGGGUCGAAAGCGCAAGAACGAGAGGAAAGGUGCUGUGUACGUCAACUGGCACUCACCCUUUCUUUGGCGCCAAAUCGAUCAGGCGCGUCGCAAGGUCGGCUGGAGUGAGACAGCCAUUCAGAGAGAGCUUGCGCGGCGUGAUCCUGAGCUCUUUGGCUGCAUCUCGCGCACAACAAUUCAGGGUUGGAUUGACAAAUCGAACCCUCUUGCGCCCAGAUGGACUGACAGCUGUCUGGAGAUGAACCGGCAUGGGAAUCAUCAGGCCGAGGGGAACAAGGGCGGGCGGCGCGGGAUUCUCGCUUCGUACCCCGAUGUUGUCGCUGCAAUCAACAAGCGCUUGGUUGGCCUUCGCAAGGAUGGUGCACCCAUCAGUCUCGUCUCUGCCCGUGGUGUUGUAGUGGCGACCAUUCUUCAUAUGGCACCCGAAAUCUUCGAGAAAACAUUCGCUGACGGCUCCAAGUUCCGUGCUUCAGACAAGUUCUUGCGAAGCUAUCUACACAAUGAGCUUACCUGGUCGCCUCGACAUGCUACCCAUGCUGCUCAGAAGCUUCCCGCAGACUGGGAAGAACAGUGCAAUCGAGCACGCCUUCGUCUCGCACACUGCAUUAAGGAGUGGGAUGUGCCGCCCGAGCUCGUUCUCAACACAGAUCAGACUCAGGGCGUUUUCACACAAGGUACCAAAUUGACAUGGGCACCAACCGGUACACGUCAGGUGGCUGUUGUCGGUACCGAGGAGAAGCGUGCAUUCACGGCUGUUGUUACCGUGGCAAGCAGCGGCGAACUUUUGCCCUUCCAGGCUGUCUAUGCAGGGUCGCAGGAGAAUGUUGUGCUUCCAAAACCGACAAGUCCAUGCUUUGCUGAAGCCGAGAAGAUUGGCAUUAAGUUCGUACCCUCCAAGACUUCGACUUACUGGUCAACACACGAGACGAUGCACAGACUCGUUGAUGAGCAGAUCGCACCGUAUCGCGAGCGCGUCAUCCAGGAACAAGCUCUUCCCACCGACCAGAAGUUGAUCUGGCUGAUCGACGUGUGGUCUGUACAUCGCUCGAAGGAGUUCCGCGAUUGGAUGCAGGAGCAUCAUCCCGAGAUCAUUGUUCUCUAUGUCCCGGGUGGCUGCACAGGAGUGUUUCAACCGUGCGAUGUCGGGAUCCAACGCCUUCUGAAGCACAUUUGGAAGUGUGUCUUCCAUGAGCAGGUGGUCGCGGAAUCGUUGCGCCAGAUGGACAACGGCGAACCUGUCAAACUCGCGACUGCUAUCGCCGCGAUGAGAAAUCGCACUGUGGCCUGGCUCGUUAGCGCAUACGAGGGACUGAAUAAGCCCGAGCAUCAGGAAACCACCCCCCCAUUCAUUUCGCCUCGGCGGAUUUUCAGCCGCGGCACGGCCUCGAAAGCCCUCAACCGGCCUCAGCGAGCUCUAAAGCCUAAACGGCGAUUUAUUCGCCAUUCAGCCAUGUCUCAGAUUGGCUCAGAUGUCGAAACGAACGACUUGCACGCGCGAGUCGCGAGACGGCCCGAAAUCGUCACGUGCGCGACGCGUCAUCCGGCCGCUCCGACUCGUCCCGAGUUCAACUUCAACCGCCACCAUCUCCCCUCCCUCCUUCGCCCGCCCGUCCCCCCUCGCCGUGGCCCCGCCGCGCCCUCGCGCCCCCGGCUCCUGCCGCACGCUGGCGACCCCGCUGAUGCGGAGAAGGCUACCCUCGGGCAUACGCGCUCGGGGCAAGCUCUCCGCAUCGGCGGACUUCAACCUUGCUGUCGCGGGCCAGCAAGAGCGCGGCUUCUUAUCCCUCGCCGCCUUCCUUCUUCCUGCGUGAAGCAGGCGCCUCGGCCGCAGGCGCCUGCCCGCGCCGGAUAUACGCGAGCCAACUCGGCUUUUCCGCGCCGUGCUCGUGACGUGGCGGCCGAACGCGUGUUCGGCCUUAGCCUUGUCUCAUUGCGAGCUGGCGUAGACUGCACUCCCUUGCAAGAUAAUCGUCAUGUAUGCCUGCAGCUUUUGAUGGUUUUGCAUAGGGUCUUGUGUAUUGCUCACUCAGGAGACCCCGUAUUCGAGUUGUCAUUUGCUGGUGUUUGGCCUGUGGCAGACGUGAUGUGGGGGGACUCGUCGUAUAGCUAG